AUAACGGGCAGCGCUCACUGCGAAGCGGCUUCCCCAGACAGAGUACAGGCUGGGGCGGGCGGGCUGGAGCCGCGAGCCCCGAGCACCCUAAGAGCUGAGUGUGCAGGACGCGCCCCCACCACACCCACCGCAAGGCGGCUGAAUGAGGCUUCCAGGCGCUCGCCCGCGGCCCGCAGCGCCCAGCCUGGGGUUCGCCUGCUGAGGCGGACAGCCCAGCGCGCUCACCUGCCGGCCUGCGCGCGCCAUGGGGCCACCCGGGAACCACAGCGACUACUCGCUGCUGCGGUCCAAUGGAAGCAACGCGACAGACCAAGGUGUCCCGCAGGGACGCGAUGAGGCGUGGGUGGUGGGCAUGGGCAUCCUCAUGUCGCUCAUCGUCCUGGUCAUCGUGUUUGGAAACGUGCUGGUCAUUACGGCCAUCGCCAAGUUCGAGCGUCUGCAGACGGUCACCAACUACUUCAUCACCUCGCUGGCCUGUGCGGAUCUGCUCAUGGGCCUGGGGGUGGUGCCCUUUGGCGCCUGCCACAUCCUCAUGGAAAUGUGGACUUUUGGCAACUUCUGGUGCGAGUUUUGGACCUCUAUCGACGUGCUGUGUGUCACGGCCAGCAUUGAGACCCUGUGCGUGAUCGCGGUGGAUCGAUAUUUUGCCAUCACGUCUCCCUUCAAGUACCAGAGCCUGCUGACCAAGAAUAAGGCCCGGGUGGUUAUUCUGAUGGUGUGGAUCGUAUCGGGCCUCACCUCCUUCCUGCCCAUUCAGAUGCAUUGGUACCGGGCUUCCCACAAGGAUGCCACCAACUGCUAUGCCAAAGAGACCUGUUGUGACUUCUUCACGAACAAAGCCUACGCCAUUGCCUCCUCCAUCGUGUCCUUUUACGUGCCCCUGGUGAUCAUGGUUUUUGUCUAUUCAAGGGUCUUCCAGGUGGCCAGAAGACAGCUCCGAAAGAUUGACAAAUCAGAGGGCCGCUUCCAUGCCCAAAACCUCAGCCAGGUGGAGCAGGAUGGAAGAAGCGGCCUGGCUGUCCGCAGGUCCUCCAAGUUCUGCCUAAAGGAACACAAAGCCCUCAAGACUUUAGGCAUCAUCAUGGGCACUUUCACACUGUGCUGGCUGCCCUUCUUCAUCGUCAACAUCGUGCACGCCAUCCAUGAUAACCUCAUCCCGAAGGAUAUCUACAUCUUCCUGAACUGGAUAGGCUACAUCAACUCCGGCUUCAACCCCCUCAUCUACUGCCGCAGCCCGGAUUUCAGGAUUGCUUUCCAGGAGCUGCUGUGCCUGCGCAGGGCUUCCUUGAAGGGCUGUGCGAAUGGUUACUCCAACAACAGCAACGACAGGACUGACUUCACAGGGGAACAGAGUGGAUGUCACCUGGGGCAGGAGAAAGACAGAGAACUGCUGUGUGGGGACCCCCCAGGCACAGAAGACUUUGUGAGCCAGCAAGGUACUGUGCCUAAUGAUAGCAUUGAUUCACAAGGGAGGAAUUGUAGUACAAAUGACUCAUUGCUGUAAUGCAGUUUUUCUACUUUUUAAGAACCCCCGCCCCCAAAAAACACUAAACAGAUUAUUUAAUGAGAGUGUAAUAAGUUUAGAAUAAAACUUGUAUAGAGAGAUGCAGGGAGGGAAGCCACCCUUAUCCCCUCUUUUUUAAUUUUUAUUUUUCUUAAGCUGUAAAUAAGAAAAAAAUGUAUCUGAGUGACUGUUUCUUGUGCAGAUCAGUUCCUUUUUGCUUGGAACUUGUAAGAUGAUGUCUGAAGGGCUUCAGUCCCAAGGACCUGGGGCUUGCUGUGUUGUGAUGAGUCUCAGUGUAUCUACCUCAUUUGUUAAGUGUUAACAACUAUAUAUUAUUGCUGCUGGUAAUUUGUAUGGGGAGAAAACUUUCCUUCCUACACCUAGGACCAGAGAGUCCUGAGUAUUUUGGACCUUUCAGUUGUGAACACAGACUCUCCCCUCUCCCACUCCUCCCCUUGGCUCAGUUUGGGGAUGUUGUAGGCAGGAAUUGAGGGGAGAAGCUUUGGAUGUUUUCCUAAGUCUAAAGUUUACAGUAAAUAAAUUGUUUGACCAUGA